GCAGGGUUCUAGCAGCUUCCAGAGGGCGGCGCGGGAGCGGCGGGAGCGGAGCCGCGGCCAUGGAGGAGGCUCAGGAGCUGAAGGAGCGGGGGAACCGGGCGCUGGCGGCGGGGGACGUGGGGGCGGCCGUGGGGCACUACUCGGCCGCCAUCGCCCGGGACCCCAACAACCACGUCCUGUUCAGCAACCGCUCGGCCGCCUACGCGCGCCUCGGCGACUACGGGCGGGCCCUGGCCGAUGCGUGCCGCACGCUGGAGCUGCGCCCCGACUGGGCCAAGGGGUACUCGCGCAAGGCGGCCGCUCUGGAGUUCCUGCAGCGCCUGGAGGAGGCCAAGGCCACCUACGAGGAGGGGCUGGCCCGGGAGCCGGGCAAUGAGCAGCUCCUGCAGGGCCUGCGCGGGGUGGAGGCCAGGCUGGCGGAGCGGAAGCUGCUGAACCCCUUCAGUGCCCCCGACCUGCUGGCCCGGCUGGAGGCCGACCCCCGAACCCGGGGGCUGCUGGGGGACCCCGAGUACCGGCGGCUGCUGGAGACGCUGCGCAGCGACCCCGGCCAGCUGGGGGCGUCAGUCAGGGGCUGGGGGGCUGGGGGCGUCAGGGAGGGGUUUGGGGGCUGGGGAGGGGUUUGGGGGCGUCAGUGA